AUGCUCAAGGGAUUUACUCGCUCGAGCAUUAGUCCUCAGUUGUGCAGCCUUUACUUCAAAGGUUUGGUUGGCGAUGACUCAUUGGCUGGAUUUGGGGUUGCAAUUUGCGGGCAUAGAGAUGAUAUCUUAUUUCAGCUGAAUGCACCAAUUCAUGGCUCGGAUAUUACUGUUUUGGAGGCUGAACUUAUGGCAUUAAAGCGAGGACUAAUAGAAGCUGCGGGAUUUAAGUCUAGCUUUACGAUUUUUGUGGAGGGAAGUAGUAUCAGAUAUGUUUCUGAACUAGCAAGGGCGACAAUAGUUUCUGAGUUAAGCAUAUCUGUGGAUCCUCCUAGCAGCUCUCUAAAUGGAAUAGAGAAGCUGAAGUUAGAAGAUGUUAUUGUAUGGAAUGUGGUGAACCCUUAUGCAUCAACUGCAAAAUUUGGCAAAUCAGAAAAUGUGGCGUCAAUGUGGAAAGUGCCAACACAUGACCGAACUUUCAGAAGGAUGCAUCAAAGUAACUUGCAGUUCACAUUUGAUUUUCUUGGUUGCUGGAUAGGUGUGGCUAUUCGUUUUGCUACACAUGCAGAGCAGAAUGGAAGCAAGGAGGUUGCUCUCAUCGAGCAAUGA